AAGAUUGAAAUGGUCCCCAAGUGACUAGUGUUUUUGUGAUUCCCUCAAAGAGUAGAGUAAUAAAGGGAUUCCCUUGAAUUACUGAACAAAUUGCGGUUUGUCUAAAACUCCAAUAAAAAAAACAAGAUGACCACGAUAGUAAGCGAACUUAGCAUGCAUGAUCUGACCCACAGAUUCUUUGAGAUCAUGCAAGAUGAAAAUAACGCUGAACUUGCAUCGCAUUACAUCUACGAAAUGCUAUUCGAAGAUGUAUCUUUGGGGUUUUUGUUUGAGUUCCACCAUGGAAUGAAAACUGGACUCACGGACUUGUUGGAAGGCGAAAAAGAAGAUGAAGAGCCUUAUAAGAUUAUGAACUCGCCAGAAUGCGAUGUUUUUGGCUUUUCUAUUAUGAAAAAGACUCCCGAUUCUAACUGUUCGUGUCCUAAUUGCGAGAGACCUGUGUCGGCAACUAGAUUUGCUCCCCAUUUGGAGAAAUGUAUGGGUAUGGGUCGAAAUAGCUCCCGUAUAGCCUCACGCCGCAUUGCGUCAAAUAGUCGCGAACCCACAUCAUAUGCUGGACUACUCAGUGAUGAUGAGGAUGAUGUUGAUUGGGCCGGAGGCUCAUUGCAGAGCGAGCGUCGCAAGAGACGAAUCAAGAAUAAUAACAACCGAAAGCCUAAUAAGAUGCACAAUGGCAACAACCGUAACAACAAUGGCACCCAGAACGCUGACCCGAACGACGGCGGAGCUACGUAUGAGACUAUGACCGCCAAUGAGAAGAAGAAUCUAUUGCUGCAGAUUUGUGGUGUUGUUUCUGAACAUACUAAGAAACUUUGCACCAGGUCCACACGCUGCCCCCAACAUACAGAAGAGCAGCGGCGCGCUCUUCGCAAUACUGUCCUCGAGCCUUCCACACCUGAGUCCCAAACAAUGGGCCUAACAGCUGACGACGCAGGCUCUCCGCCGGACUCUAGUCCGUCUUCGUCAUGUUCUUCUUCUAGCCGCAAGAGGGACCGGCAUCGUGCUAAGAAUAAAUCUAAGAGUAAGCGAGAAAGGAAUAUGUCUCCAAACAGGGAAUAAAAGCAACAUUGUUUCAUGUAGGUACCAAGUAUGGUUAUACACAUGGAGUACCGCGAGUCUUGGAAAGAAGAGUAAUCCUAAAUGAAACAGAUGCUUUUAACACUUGCAUCGUCGGCCAAUUAAAAUGAUUGUUUGCUUCCCUACCAUCGGAAACAUGGUGGUUAUAAAGAAUGGUGAACCUAUGUGGCACCACCUUACUUGGAUUAAAAUGGCACUAAAAUGUAAAUGAUUGUAAUACAGGGUAAUACAUACUGAAACGCCAGUGGGUCUGCUUGGUUGGUGACCUUUAAGGUGUUUUUUUAUCGGCAAGGCGAGACGAGGAUGUGCGAGGCGAAAAUUAUUUGUUAAUUUUAUAUUGAACCGUAUUGCUGCCUGUAUAGAGUGUACUCUGCAACGAAAACACGACAGCGCGGGCCCUCGCUACGGUGGGAUACGUAUGAUUUAGGAUUUUAAAAAUAUUUUUUCUGCAAAUAAUUGCAGAGUAAAUAAUAUUAUUUACUCUGGAACUUGGUAUUUUAAUAUUUUUAUUUUUAAUUAAUUAUUUUAGUUGUGGAUACACAACCUCAACGCGAGCUCGCGAUAUUUAUUAAGGGCAAUUUUUGGUAGACCUAGAUCGACGAAAUUUCAUUUAUCGUAAUUUUUCGUCUCGUCUCGCCGGUGGAAAAGCACCAUUAGAGUUUCCAUAAUUGUUAUUAUAUUCUGUCAUUCGGUCGAUAUCUGUUACUUCAAUUUCUACAGUUGAAAGGGAAGCUACAUGUCUACCAUUAUUAUCCUAUACAUAAAAAGCGAUACACAUUAUAGUUAUAGUUUAUUUAGGGUUGUACCCCUUUCAUCAGCUCGCAUCCGCAUACCCCAUACCAAACGUGUUUUUUCUGAAAGACUUUCAGGCAUGGUGACAAUACGGUAUAUAGAACACGUUUGUAAUGGACGUGGUGAUGUGAGCACGAACGUAGUCAAACACAAGAUGUGAUUUUUACCUAAAUUCGAUUUUUUAAUUGGCUGGACCAAACUGACAGUUUUUUUUAUAGCGGCAAGUCUAGUACUUGCUUCGGUUGCUUGUAGUUGUACGUCUCUCCCGUUCUCCAUCCGAGCCAAUUAAUGUCAAUUAUUUAAUACUGGACCAAGUUAUGAUUAUGAUGAUGCGAAUGAAGAUGAAGAUGAAUGAAGCUUCAUACUUGACUUUGUCUUUUGAUUUAUUCGAGUAUUACUUAUUUGACAGUAAUUGUUUGGGACGGAGGACGGGACCAUCAGUUUCGUUUGCUAAAAAUAACAUGAUAAUUAUGGUGAUCGUCGCCAAUGUCAAUAUUUUUUUCUUUAUUUUUUUAUCU